AUGAAGGCCUUUCCCCCACGGAUAUACACUCUAUCCGUCCCCUUUCCCCGUUACCCUUCCCCUUUCCCAGGCAUAGAAGAGGGAGAAGGAGAAGGAGAAGAAGGGCAAGGAGAGGCAGCACAACGGCGGCAAGCAGAAACAGAAAUACGCACAAACCUGGUAAACGUGCAAAUUCGUUCAACUGAUAUCCUCUUCUUGCCAUCUCCGGCGGGCCCGCCAUUCGAUCUGCCAUUAUCAAACACCCAGCUCACGACGGCGGUGGUAGUAGUGGUGGUGCUCGUGUUGCUCUCCCCUCCUGCCCAAAGCGUCUAUUCGACCCAAUUCUUAAGUACUUGUUUUGCGGGACAGAGAAACGGGAAAGGAAAGAAAAGAAAGAAAGGAAAAAAAAACAGAACGAAGAAAAAAGAACUUUCACUGCACAUAGCACAUAUUAGAUCACGGGUACCACAAGCACUCUUGUUGAGCAAAACAACCGCUGAGGACAUCUGUCUGUCUCUGUCGCACAAUUGCGCAUCCUGCCCUCUACAAUCCCGCUCUCCCACCACCCCCCCCUCCCCCCCGCCAGUCAUCGGCUUCAAACGCAUCGCGAACUUUCCCCUUCUACUGAGUGAACCUCACUGCGUCGCCCCAAUCCUACUCAUCUCACUCACGCUCAUCCUCCAUACUCGCGCAAUGAGCAUGCAGCAAAGCAUAAAUCUCUCCCCGACGGACCUCGGCGGUCAAAGGGAGAACCACAGGAACUAUGUUUUUGUUGAUGAACACAACCGACACAAAAGGCUCAAGGUUAUGCGAGCAUGCGAAGGAUGUCGACGCCGAAAAAUUAAAUGCGAUGCUGCUACAACGAAUACAUGGCCUUGCUCAGCUUGUGUACGCUUGAAACUUCACUGCGUUCCGCCCAUGGUACAUGCGAGCGGCGAAGAAGACCUUAUGCAACAUGCCUCGGGGCAUAUCGUAAGGAAGACAAGCAGGACAACUGUCCCCGGAUAUCACAGUAGAGACGGAAACACCGCCUUUCGAACACUUUCACCCUCUGAACACCAUGGACCAUCGCAUAGACCAUCGAAUACGCUCGCGUAUCCGGGAAUCACAGGUGGGGAGGUUGUAGAACCACUUCAUUUUCAAGCUCCUGUUUACCAGACACAGCCCGUGAUGAGGCAGCAAGACCAAUGGGCGGCCGAGAGCGACUAUGCAUCUGCUGCCCAUGUCAGUGGAGUAUUGGGGCAGCUCAAAAUUGACGAUAGCGGUGUGGCAAACUACAUAUCGGCCCAAGGAAGAAGACUUGCGGAGACACCUGCAUAUGAACCAUGGACGGAGGAAAUUGAGCCGAAUCCGUCGUUUAUGCCUGGACAGCAUGAAUUUGCAGUCAAGAUAAGGCCUGAAGACAUGCCUACUGACGAUGAGGCUAUGGAAAUGUUUGGCAUAUUCUUUAACCACAUACACCCGUACAUACCGAUCGUCAAUAAGGCAGCAUUUUAUCGACAAUGGAGUGCAUCGCGUGACUCAAUAUCACCUUUACUUCUUGAAACAAUCUUUGCAUGUGCUGGCAGAUUGACAACAGAUCCAGCAAAGGGACUCAAGUGGAUAAGCAUGGCAACAAGACAUGUUGACUGUUUUUUCGAUGUACCGCGGCUUAGUACGGUUCAAGCUUUGUUGCUUCUGCUCAAAGCAAGAGAAUCUGCGCCGCAAAGAGGUUAUUUCUUCCGCUCCUGGAUGAGCGUAGUCAGUAUAAUAGCGAUGGCUCGUGAUCUCGGCCUUGAUAGACACAGUGAUUUGCAUAAGCAUGGAGUAGGAUGCGGAGAGAGCCCCCUCGAUUGCAUGACGCGAACUCGUGUCUGGCAAGCAUGCUUCGUUUUCGAACUUAUGAUUUGCGCUCCGCAAGGCCGUGACAUUAUGCAGAUCAGUCCUGAAAGCAUUGAUCUCACCACACCACUUGGCUCACCAGAUUUGGAUGAGAAUGAAGUAACUAUAUAUCGCAACUUUAUAUACUUUGUGUGGCUUAUCAAGAAUAUUCGUCGGAUGAAUGAUGUGCAUGCAAAGCUUAAGGCUACACCAAACUGGAGGAAUGACCCUCAAUUCUUAGAUUCCGGACCAAGCCUGGAUACCUGGGCUUAUGAGCUCCCACCGAAUCUUCAUGUGGUGGUAGUCACUGAUCUUAGUCACCCUGGUCCUCAGAUCGACUCCCACUUCACAGGAAAUCUUCAGAUUUAUUAUCAUUUAGCUCGGAUAAUGCUCCAUCGUCCCGCGCUGGCCUUCGGAAAGACUUUCUCUUUGGGUGGAGAGUGGAAGACACACAUGAUGAUAUGUACGAACGCAGCGAAAUCUAUGCUUAGAUUGGAAGAAACAGUCUUUGAGCAGUAUGGGAUGCUGGGGUUACAAUGCAUGCUCCGGGGUGUCAAUUUCACCAUAUAUGCUUUGCUCACUUGUGCUAUGAUACAUCUGAUCGCGGCCACGUGCCCGGACCCAGAAUUCAACUCAGAUGCGAAAGAUUAUUUCACGAGAACAAUGAGGAUCUUAGAAAACUGCAUUGAUAGCUCGGCCUCAUCUGAGGUUAAAGGUCAAAUUGAGACUUUGCGUCAAGCUUUUUCACUCGACCUAAGUCGACCUUUUGUUUUGAAUCCAAAUUUUCCUUUUUACCCAGGCGUUUCAGCAGCAGUUGAUCCAAGUAUCACUCGAGCUUACACUCAAGGGGAAAGCCCACACUCGACCCUUACAGCCGGUGGCCCAGCGAAUUAUUCGCAUCCUUUGUCUCCACCACAUUCCACAGGCGACGGCGAGUCAAAAGGGGAAUCCCCGGCAGCUGUCCAGUCAUUAGUGAUGUUAGCAGCAGGUCAAGGAACUCAGAACCCCCCCGCGAUCGUAGACAACAUGGGGUGGAAUCCUUCUAGACUAUUCGAUAAUUGGAAUACUGCGUUUGGGAUAAAUGGUUCCGUGUCAGCUAUACCUUCUGGUAUAGCCGGACAUCAUCAUGAAAGUGGGUUGGUUGAUCCGCUUGGCGGUGGGCGUCCACCUUCAUCAAGCUCCUAUGUGCCUACAACUGUAGGGGUUUCGCACUCAUUCGUGUCCCCUGGUAUGUGGCAAGAUUCUGUAGCUGCGGCCGCCGUUUUCAGCGAUUCAAACAAACGACCGUUCCCGUUUGGCGGGGAAACUGUAUGGAACACUCCAGGACCGUCGCAAGACCGACCUGAGACUGUACCACCAUCGACAGCCCUGCGGUCAGAGGCCGGCCGAAGAAGUCGUUAA